AUGAAUUCUGAAGCUUUUUUCGCUGAAACUGGCAGCACCGAGAGGACGAGGAUUUUAGGCCUACUGCUGUUAAUGCCAGGGGCUCUAAUACUGGCGAUGGGUUGUUGUGAGAUGUCAUUGUUGAAGGCGGUGAUGUUAUUGGUUGCGGUUUUCGUGUAUGCUUCAACUGUGAUCCCUGAGGUUACUCCAGCGUACAUGUCAUGGCCUGACCUGCUGCAAACAUGGCUCCGUCAAUUAAAGACCAAGCUGGACAGAGCAGCCUACCCCUACAUCAACGGCCCAGCCCAGAAAUUCUUGGGGCAACUAAUGCAAUUUGAUACUACUAGACCCUAG